UCAUCGAACGCCACUGCAGCAAGAGCAACACAGUAUUUAUAGCCGCUCUCCUUACACUGGCGAACGUCAAACGAAUAAACUAGAAAGAUUGGCAGGUGGUAUAUACAAAGCGUAUAACUGACAAAGUUAAUUGUGUUCGAGUAUUCAAAUUAUUGUAAAUAAUGGCAGGUAAAGGCAAAGUGGGAAUUGUUGGCAGCGGUCUUAUUGGACGUUCUUGGUCCAUGUUGUUCGCCUCUGUUGGUUACCAAGUUGUGUUGUACGACAGUGUGCCAGCACAAAUUGAAAAUGCGUUGAAGGAAUCGAAAAAGGAGCUCAAAAGCUUGAAAUCCAAAGGAUUGCUGCGUGGUAAACUGAAUGCCAGUGAGCAAUUCGCACUCAUUUCAGGCACCACUGAUAUUAAAGAAUUGGUGAAGGGUGCCAUAUUCAUACAAGAAUGUAUACCAGAGCGUUUGGAAUGGAAACAGUCACUCUACAAGCAAUUGGAUGGAGUUGUUGAGGAGCAAACAAUUCUCUCCAGUUCAACAAGUACUUUCCUGCCAUCGUUGUUCUCCAAAGACCUCAAACAUCAGUCAAAUAUAAUCGUCGCACAUCCCGUCAAUCCACCCUACUAUGUUCCACUAGUAGAAAUUGUGCCCGCACCUUGGACAAACCCAGAGGUGUUGAAGAAGACAUGCGCCAUCAUGAAUGAAAUCGGUCAGAAGCCCGUAGUCCUUAGUCGUGAAAUCGAAGGUUUCGUACUCAAUCGCAUACAGUGUGCAAUAUUGAAUGAAACUUGGCGUUUGGUUGAGAGAGGCAUUGUCGACGUUAAGGAUGUGGAUAGCAUCAUGACCGACGGUUUGGGUAUGCGUUAUGCUUUCUUGGGACCACUGGAAACGGCACAUUUGAAUGCCGAGGGUAUGACCAAUUCUCUCGAACGCUAUGCAAACACAAUUUAUGCAGUGAGUCAAACUAUGGGACCCACACCGAAAAUGGAAGGCCCAACAGCUGUGGAGAUCGCGAAACAAUUGGAAGUUAAGGUGCCGUUGGAUAAGUUGCAGGAACGACGAAAUUAUCGUGAUAAUUGCUUAACACAAUUGAGCAUUUUAAAGCGUAAACUGAAUGAAUACAAUUAAGGAAAGGCUAAGUUCGGGUGCAACCGAACAUUUUAUACUCUCUCAAUUUAUUGCUAUAGUUUCAAUAAGAUAUUACACAAUUUGGCCCAUAUAUUCGGCAUAAAGUCCAAAAGAAUAGGACUCACUAAAUUUGGCUCAGAUAUUUCACAUAUUAUCAGAUAUAUGCGGAGUAAAGCCCAUAGUAUUUUAGAAAAACCUAUGAUUAGGUAUAUGGGAGUUAGGGGAUGUUAUAACCCGAUUUGGAACAACGACAUAUAUUCAAUAUCCGGGCAUUGAAAAGUUAUAGUCCGAUUUCACAAUUUUUUCACAAGUAGUGCUACAGAUCACAUAUAGUAGUUGUGUAAAGUUUUAUUACACUAUCUUCAUUGGUUCGUUAUAUAUAUAUUUUAAAGAAAUCACAUGGAAAUCAAAAUUAAGUUAUAAGGGAAAUAGUCGUAGAUGUGAGUCAAUUUUGCCCAUAUGUGUUAUCAGGGUGUCAAGAAAAUAUUAUAUACCGAAUUUCAUUGAAAUUAGUCGAGUAGUUCCUGAGAUAUGGUUUUUGACCCAUAAGUGGGCGACGCCACGCCCAUUUUCCAUUUUGUAAAAAAAUCUGAGUGCAGCUUCCAUCUGCCAUUUCUUAUGUGAAAUUUAGUGUUUCUGACGUUUUUCGUUAGUGAGUUAACCCACUUUUAGUAAUUUUCAACCUAACCUUUGUAUGGGAGGUGGGCGUGGUUAUUAUCCGAUUUCAAUUAUUUUCAUGGUGUGUGGUGGGGUACGUAAGGAAACCGACUGCAGAAAGUUUGGUUUAUAUAGCUUUAUUGGUUUGUGAGGUAUAUACAGAAUACCUAUUUUUGGGCGGGGCCACGCCCGCUUCUCCAAAAAAUAUUACACCCAAAUAUGCCCCUCCCUAAUGUGAUCCUCUGUUCCAAAUUUUACUUCCGUAACUUUAUUUAUAGCUUGGUUAUGACACUUUGUGUGUUUUCGGGUUUCGCCAUUUUGUGGGCGUGGCAAUGGUCCGAUUUCGCCCAUUUUAAAUACCAACCUCCUCAGGGUGCCAAGGAAUAUGUGUUCCAAGUUUCAUUAAGAUAUCUCAAUUUUCACUCAAGUUAUCGCUUGCACGGACAGACGGACGGACAGACAUCCGGAUUUCAACUCCACUCGCCAUCCUGUUCUUUUAUAUACAUAUAUGUAACCCCAUAUUUAACUCUUUUAUUUGUGGGUGACACAAACAACCGUUAUGUGAACAAAAUUAUAAUACUCUCUUUAGCAGCUUUGUUGCGAGAGUAUAGAAAUGUAAAGAAGUACUAAGUUGUACUGAACCAAGCUUUAGUACUUCGAAAUUAAAUCUGUAAUUAAAUCGAGCCUUUGUUCCUGAACGAACGUUAGACAUUAGGUUUGAUACUGUACUAUAGUAUAGUAUACUGUAAAGCUUUGAGUAGAGAGAACGAAGAAUUACGAGUUAAUGGAAUUCAUCUGUAAUGAUCAGUCUUCUUAAAUUUAUAGAUGCCUUUUGCUGAUAGAUUUCAAUAAAAGACUCCACAAUCCAGGAGAUGGUGAAGUCUUUUGAAGUGCCUAAUAAUGAAAAUAUUGUGUUAUAUUUGAGAGGGAGGUACUCAGUUGCCGAAGAACACUCUUCAUCAGACAAUAAUUCGCAUACAAGUUUCAUUUCUACCAUAUCGCUUUCCAUAAAAGCCUGAAACAUAUUCGGGAAUUCUGUAUCAGAAAUUAGGGGUUUCGAUACCUACACUUGGAUGUAACGACCAACCGGAACAUCAUUUGUGAUCUGAUAUAAUCCGCUAACGUAGAACUAUUUAUUUCCAAAUUUAAAAGAAUGAAGUCUUCACGAUACAAAUUCUGAUCUAGUUAGGAAACACGUUCUGAGGCGCCUUUAGAAUAAGGCUUAUAUAUAUAUAUAUAUAUGUAUCUCAUCGGAUGUUAUCAUCGCCCAAGCUUCAGCGCCAUACAUCAUGACGGGAAUAAUAAGCGACUUAUAGAGUUUGAUUUUGGUUCGUCGAGAGAGGACUUUACUUUUCAAUUGCCUACUCAGUCCAAAGUAGCAUCUGUUGGCAAGAGUGAUUCUGCGUUGAAUUUCGAGCCUGUCAUUGUUGGCGUUGUUAAUGCUGGUUCCCAAGUAGACGAAUCUAUCUACAACUUCAAAGUUAUGACUGUCAACAGUGACUGUUUGAUUGAUGACAGGACAUAUUUCGUCUUGUCCUCAUUCACCACCACACCCAUACGCUUCGCUUUCUUAACAAGUCUGGAAAAAACAGAACAAACGGCGCGGUUGUUGCUUCCGACGAUAUCAAUAUCAUCGGCGUACGCCAGCAGCUGUACACUCUUAUAGAAGAUUGUACCUUCUCUAUUUAGCUCUGCAGCUCGUAUUAUUUUCUCCAGUAUCAGGUUAAAAAGUCACACGAUAGUGAGUCACCUUGUCUGAAACCUCGUUUGGUAUCGAACGGCUCGGAGAGGUCCUUCCCAAUCAUGAUGGAGCUUUUGGUGUUGCUCAACGUCAACUUACACAGCCGUAUUAGUUUUGCGGAGAUACCAAAUUCAGACAUCGCGGCGUAAAGGCAGCUCCUUUUCGUGUUGUCGAAAGCAGCUUUAAAAUCGACAAAAAGGUGGUGUGUGUCGAUCCUCUUUUCACGGGUCUUCUCCAAAAUUUGGCGCAUGGUGAAUAUCUGGUCAGUUGUCGAUUUUCCAGGUCUAAAGCCACACUGAUAAGGUUCAAUCAGUUUUUUGACGGUGGGCUUUAGUAUUUCACACAGUACCCUCGAUAGAGUCUUAUAAGAUUGUAGGGCCUCCCUUUUGGUAGAUUGGGCGGAGUACACUGAGUGUCUAAUCGUCAGGCAUGCUUUCUUCCGACCAUAUUCCGCAAAGAAGCUGAUGCAUGCAUCUUAUCAGUUCUUCGCCGCCUUAUUUGAAUAGCUCGGUCGGCAAUCCCCGCCUUGUUGCUCUAUUCGAAUUUUUUCACGGUCGGGCAAUGGAACAUCUGCUCCAUCGUCAUCGAUUGGCGAAUCGGGUUCGCCAUCUCCAGGUGUUGUACUUUCACUGCCAUUCAGCCGGCUGGAGAAGUGUUCCCUCAACAAACUUAGUAUACUCUGGUCAUCAAUAACUAGAUCACCUCUGGGGUCCUGCAGGAGUGUGCUCCGGUCUUGAAACCUUCAGUUAGUCGCCGGAUCUUUUCGUAAAAUUUUCGAGCAUUACCCCUGUCGGCCAUCUUGUCUAGCUCUUCAUACUCACGCCUCCGGCCUCUUUCUUUUUAUACUCUCGGAAGUUGCUGAAGAGAGUAUAAUAAUUUUGUUCACAUAACGGUUGUUUGAAAGUCCUAAAACUAAACGAGUUAGAUAUAGGGUUAUAUAUACCAAAGUGAUCAGGGUGAUGAGUAAAGUUCAAAUCCGGAUGUCUGUCUGUCCGUCUGUCCGUCCGUGCAAGCAGUAACUUGAGUAAAAAUUGAGAUAUCUUGAUGAAAUUUACAUUUACUUCUUGGCACCAUAAGAAGGUUAAGUUCGAAAAUGGGCGAAAUGGAACCACUGCCACGUCCAUAAAAUGGCGAUAACAUAAAACAUAGCUCUUAAAUUAAGCUAUGAAAGUGAAAUUUGGUACUAAGGAUCGUUAUAAGAAGCGCAAUAUUUGGAUGUAAUUUUUUUGGGAAAAUGGGCGUGGCCAUGCCCGCUACUAAGAUUUUUGUACAUAUCUAAACUUCUAAAAAUGCUUUAAUUCAGUAAGAAAAACCACCAGAAACCUUAAGUUUCAUUAUAAAGAUGGUACAGAAGAGCUGCACUCAAAAUGGUACCCAAAAUUUCUAAUGGGUGUGGCUCCGCAUACUUAUGGAUCAAAAACCAUGUCUCAUAAACUACUUGGACUACUAAUAUUUUCCUUGCAUCCCAAUGAUAUGUUGUUAAAAUAGGCCAAAUCGUUUCACAAUCACGCCAACUUCC